AUGAAGGUCUCCUCUUUUAUGGAGCACAUUGAUCGGCUGAAGGAGGAGUUCACCUUCAUGCACAAUCAGCUUCAGCAACAAAGAAAUGAGUUGGAGAAAUUAAAUGCGGAAAAGGAAAAUAUGCAACGCCAUUAUAUGCUCUAUUAUGAGUUUCAAUGUGGUAUGAAUAUGGAAAUUCAGAAACAAAGUGAACUCUGUAAGCGAUAUACAGCUAUAAUUACACAGCUUCUUCCUUUUCUACCACCUGAACAUGCCCAGCAAGCGAUGAAUGCAAUGGAGCGUGCAAAACAGAUAUCUACGCAAGAAGUUGGCCAGUUGAUGCAAUCAAAUGCACAUUCCCAACAAAUGGCAGCGAUGAUGCCUGCCAUGGCUGGAUUGCCUGGUGCGCUGGGAAUGCCACCUGUAGGAUUUCAACAGGCGCUAGCAGCAGCAGCAAUGGGAGCGACACAUCGUGUACCUGAGGCUACCUCAUCUGCUGCUCAUUCUGAGAGACACGAGCAACCAAGCAGGCAGUCAAGCUCUCGUCCACGAUCUAUUUCACCGAAUGGUUCGACUUCGAAACGAAUGAAGGUCGAUGAAGAUGCCGAUGGAGAUGGCGAGUUAGAGAUCGACGUGCAGAACGACGACGCAGGUGGUGCAGGACAUUCAAAUGGGACCAGUAGUGCGCCACCAUCUUCCCUUAAAGUUCCAAAAGCGGAUGGUCGAGAUUCAACGAACAGUGUAGCAUCAAGUGGUGCGAGUACUCCUGGCCCAAAACCCCGAAAUCCCCUGGAGCAAAUGGGCUUACCCGGUGGUGUAUUUGGUAACCUAGGUAUGAAUAUGAAUCCCCUCGCUGCAGCUUUCAGUCGUGGCGGCUUGCCUCCGAUAUUUGAUCAACAUGCACAAGUACUGGUUAAGGCUCGAAUGGCAGCUGGCAUGGGUAUUGGAGGUCCCGCUGGUGGUCUUCUAAACGGCAAGCCGGCGUAUUCUUUCCGCACGGUCGAUGGCGGAGUUUUACAACCGACAGUAUUUCCAAGUGAUGCUUUCAAUGCGCCUGGAAUUCCGAAGAGUGUCACGCGAAAGUUUGAGUUGCCACAUGGAGAGGUUGUGUGUGCCGUCACUAUAGCGAAAGAUAACCGAAGUGUAUACACUGGAGGGAAAGGUUGUGUAAAGGUUAGUGUCAUAGUUACUCAAUCAGUACAGUGCAUGAAUUUGUGA